UUAUCAUAUACUGAAUAUAUCGGACAAACGCUGGUUGAAUCACAGUUGCUGACACUGUAAACAUAGGGAAUCCACUCCCCCAUCAUAACGUGACACACCAAUGCUUUUCCACCUGGCUCUGACUUACUCCUUGUAGGUAUAAACAGUGAUGUGAUAUAUCUGAUUCGUAACGGUUUGAUAGUUACAAAAUUCCGAUAUGAUGUCAGGCCAGCCCAACACAUCAAUGGCCAAGAAAUUGCUGGAUAGUCUGCAGACAGAUCUGAGGACUCUGUCGUCUGAGAGCCGGAGAAAACAUCCAAACGUGAAAGAGGCAUCAGAGCAGGUCCAGCUAAGGCUGCGAACAAUUUGUAGCAAGAAUGAGGACAUCAUUGCUGGUUUGGUGCCAGCCAGUGCAGAAAUAGUACAUCCAUUUGUACUUGGUUGUGAAACGAAAAAUUCCAAAAUAAUCCAAUUAUGUUUGAUGACUGUUCAAAGGCUCAUCUCACAUGAGGCCUUGUCAAUGACUGCAGCUAACAAUGUGAUACAGAUGUUGUGGCAGCUGAUGGAAGCUGGCACGGAGGAACUGAAACUUCUUCAGACUGCGAUCCUCCUUAUCACCACCAACUCUGUGGUGCAGCAUGAGUCACUAGCUAAAGCUCUGGUGUUGUGCUUCAGGCUGCACUUCACUAAGGAUAGCACCACCAUUAACACAGCAGCAGCCAUUAUCAAACAGCUUGUCAGUAAUGUGUUUGAGAGGGUUGUUGUGGAAGACAAAGUCCAGUCACAGGAACAAAGAUCACCUCUGAACACUGAGGAAUUAAAGGUAGGGAGUAGGAAUGCUCCGAAGUCACUGCGGCCGUGUGCUGGCGAUGCCUACCUGUUAUUCCAGGACCUCUGUCAGCUAGUGAAUGCUGAUCAGCCAUUCUGGCUUGUGGGGAUGACAGAGAUGACACGGACGUUUGGACUAGAGUUAUUAGAGGCGGUCCUUACGUCCUUCCCUACAAUAUUUCUCCAGCAUCCUGAGUUCAGUUUCUUGCUGAAGGAACGAGUCUGUCCUCUUGUCAUUAAACUGUUCUCUCCAAGCCUCAAAUACAGACAGGGGUUACCUGCCCCUCCCUCGCCAGCCCCAGUGGAGAAACCAUAUUUUCCUAUUGUGAUGAGGCUACUGCGGAUUGUGUCGGCACUUAUCAAACAUUUCUACAAAUUAUUGAUGACAGAGUGUGAGAUAUUUCUGUCCCUUCUUGUGAAGUUUCUGGAGCCUGAAAAACCGAUGUGGCAGAGAUGUCUAUCCUUAGAAGUUCUUCAUAAACUUAGUGUCCAGCCAGACUUAGUGAGGUCUUUCUGUCAGAGUUACGACAUGAAGCAACAUUCUACAAAGAUAUUCCGUGAUAUGGUCAAUGGCCUUGGAGCAUUUAUUCAGUCUCAGUUUAUGAAUCCAACCGUUGGUCAAACUGCCCAAACAGGAUUAAAAGCACCUGACACCCAGGGCACUCCACCGGCCAUGGUAGGGGGGCUUCCUGUAGGUGGUGGUGUGACCCCACAGCCUGCCUUUAUGUAUCGAGGAACAUGGAUACCAUUGGUGAUAGUCAGCGGUCAGGCGAGAUCCCUAUACCUGGAGAUGCUGGAUAAGGUGGACCCACCUAACAUUGUGGAUGGUUAUGGACUGUCCUUGGCCUUCCACUGUCUGGUGGAGGUGGUCUCCAGUGUACAGCACCUGUUACAGGGUGACCUUGGCAAUAAAGAUGACCAGAAGAUGGUGGAUCACAAGACUAGCAAGCACCAACAACUAACAGAUGAAGAACGAGGUCUACAUGAGGAGCUAAUCAACUCUUCCUGGUGUGGGAUGUUGGCUGCAAUGUCUCUUCUCCUGGACGCAAGUACUGACGAGAGUGCCACACAGGCUAUACUGAAAUCUUUACAGACAUUUGCAAAUCUGUGUGGAGUUUUACAGAUGAAUAUACCAAGAGAUGCCUUCAUCACUGCUUUGUGUAAAGCAUCCUUACCACCACACUAUACACUGACCAUCCUCAACAGCCAAUCCAAUGCCCAGGCAGCUCAGCGAGGUCACUACAGGACUUCGAGCCAGGAUCUUCCCUCCCUGGGGCUCGAGGCUGUUGAGAGGAGUCAAGUGGUUGCUGUGGGAACGCCCCUGCCCACAGCCUCUCUUCCUGCCGGAGCCCACACCGGGCCAGUCAUGUUAACUGCUAAGAACAUCCAGUGUAUGCGGGCAUUACUGUCAGUGGCUCACUGUCACGGUGGCAUCCUAGGGACGGCAUGGCAUCUUGUGUUAACAACGCUUCAACACCUAGUGUGGAUACUAGGCCUGAAACCGUCCUCUGGAGGAAGUCUGAAAGUUAGUCAACAGAUCAUGGAGGGGUCAAAUGCUGUUAUAACUACUGCUGUCAUGGCUGACCUACCUGUACUGUCGGCCAUGUUGUCACGGCUGUUUGAGAGCUCCCAGUACCUGGAUGAUGUGGCCCUGCACCACCUGAUCGAUGCCUUGUGUAAAUUGUCAGCUGAAGCAAUGGAGCUGGCCUACACCAACAGGGAACCGUCCUUGUUUGCCGUGGCUAAGUUACUGGAGACCGGUCUUGUCAAUCUAGCCCGUGUUGAGGUCUUGUGGCGACCAGUCACUGCUCACUUACUGGAGGUAUGUCAGCAUCCUCACCAAGGGAUGCGCUGCUGGGGUGCAGAGGCAGUUACCUCCCUUGUUAGGGCAGCCCUGGAACAUGGCUAUGAUCCUCCUCUACAGUCAAACCUGAAACUUCAGAUGUCCAUCCUAGCCCCCCUACAGGAAUUGUCAGACAUCCUUCAGCCAGACAUUAGACAGAGACAGCUAGAGUGUGUCCUACAGAUCUUACAUAACAAUGGGGACACACUUCUGCAUGGCUGGCCCCUAAUGCUAGGGGUCAUAGGUGCUGUUAACAACAACCAAGGGGAAAAGCUCAUACAGACAGCCUUCCAGAGUCUACAGCUGGUGGUCACUGAUUUCCUUCCCAUCAUUCCUUGUAUGUACCUACAAGUGUGUGUGGAGGUGGCAGCCAAAUUUGGACUGCAGAACCAAGAAUUGAACAUCAGUCUAACAGCCAUAGGUUUACUGUGGAAUGUUGCUGACUUUUUCUAUCAGAACCGCCAGCGUAUCCAUAGCGACCUUGGUAAGGAUAUGACAGAUGCUGAGAAAAACAAACUGGGCAUGCCUGCGUUUGAUGCGCUAUGGAUGUGUCUGUUUAUGAAGCUAGGCCAGCUGUGUGUGGAUGAGCGCCCUGCUGUGAGGAAAAGUGCUGGACAGACUCUGUUCUCCACAAUAUCUGCCCAUGGAGGUCUGCUUCAUAAAGAAACUUGGAAACGAGUUCUGUGGCAGGUGCUGUUCCCUUUGCUGGAAAAGGUUCAGAAGCUAUCUAGUACUGCGUCCAGGGUGAAAGACGAGGCUGCCACAGGCAACAUUCUGAUCCAUCACUCUCGGGAUACUGCAGAAAAACAGUGGGCAGAAACCAGGGUCCUCACUCUGGCUGGAGUUGCAAGGACUUUCAACUCCAAACGCAAAACCCUUCAAACUAUAGCUGGGGAUUUCCCAAGAGCUUGGUCACUAUUACUGGAAUAUAUAGAGUUCUCUGCCCUUUGUCUCAAUGCUGAAGUGUCUCUAGCAGCACUGAAAAGUUUCCAGGAAAUUCUACAGAUAAAUCGUGACCUUCGAGACAAAGGGGAGGGAUCUGUAGUAGAUGGACUUCCAAGCAUGGCUCCUCCAUUGGAGGAAAUUAUAAAUAGAUCUGAACAAACGAAAGGCCAGGAAGGCGAGGGUCAGGUGUCACUAAGUUCAGACAUGGACUAUGACCCAUCGCUAUGGGCAACAGCCUGGAAAGUAUGGCUAAAUAUUGGAACAAAUGCAACUAAACCACCAGAAACUGCACCGCGAUCUGAGAAGGUAUAUGUGCCAUCACAACCAUUUCUUACUGCCUUGAUUCAGACAUUUCCAUCCCUCUUCGAACACAUCAAAACAAGAUUUGUUGGUGCCGAUUUACAAAAGCUGUGCACUGUGUUACGGACUGCGCUCACAGUGCCUGUGCACGGUGACGCCUCACCCUUCAUCAUUCCAUCCUACCCUGAUGUAACAAUCACGCCGCUACAGGAAGCCACUCUACAGUCCAUGGAGGCACUCAUCCAGGCAAUACACAAUGGUCCAGAAUCUAUGCAAACUAUGUACCCUGAUAUCUUCCACCAACUCUUGACCUUUAUAGAGUACGGGGUCAAAGUACCCAAAUAUGGUCAACUGGACGCAAAAGCCUUUGGAUCAGUGAAAGGGCCACAGGUUGACUGGGUGACCAUGAACUUUGUGCCAUUUGCGGAGAAGUCUGUAGAACUGGCGGUAGAUCUUUAUCGGUCGACAGCCAAACAUCCAGCUGUAGUAGAUUCACAGAUAUUACAACACAUCAUUAAGACUUUCCGACUACCCCUGGGUUACAAAUACAACUGCCCAUCCCCCACCACCUGGACACUGGUCAUCCACUCCCUCCUCACAAUCCUCAAUGUAGGUCUCUCUGUGGCCAGGAAACAUGAAGCAGCCUUCCAAUCUAUGUGGCCAGAGCUUGCACAUACACUGGAGGAAUUUCUGUUCUCUAAGAGUACUUCACCACCCACCAUGUCUGUUGAAGACUUCCAGCGGGAUGAAGCCAUUGACUGUAAGGUGAUUCAGAUGAUACGAGAUGAUAUUCUGCCCUACGCUGGUAACAUGCCUAAAGACUUUGUCAAGAGAAUAAUGAAGCUGCUGAAUCGUGGCUCAAUCCAUUCUACUACCUCCGACAACUUCAUCGAUACAGACUCAAGUCGGAAACUGCGAGAGGAGUUUGCCAAGACCUGUUUUGAAACAUUACUGCAGUUUUCAUUUAUCAGCCAAACAAAAUCUGAGGAGGGAACCAUCACCAAACUUGCUGUAUUGUCUCUGUUGCAACGCUGUCAGGACGUUGUCAAGAAAUAUGUUGACGACGAGAAACUCAGUGGCAAAUGUCCACUUCCUAGACCCCGUUUGGCUGAGAUGGCAUCAGUUUUAAAGGCCAUUACGACAUUAUUAGUAUCACUGAAAAAGGCCCCUCCUGGAAAUGUGGAACUGAGUGUAUGGAAGCAGGUUAUACAACUCUAUCCCUAUCUAGUCGACUGUACCACCUCCUCCUCACCCAAUGUCUGCCGUGCCCUCAAGGAUGCUCUCCACCAGUACCGAGCCCUCUUGGUGCCACCCAUGUCCACUGCUCUCAACGGAACAUCAUAGAAUUAAAUAGCUAGUCACCUGAGCAAGACUGACAUUUUGACCAGAGCCAGACUCACCUUCAUUGGAUUGGCCUUGAGGAAUCAAGGUCACCAGUACUGGAUUGUGUCUUCAAAACAGGAGUCAAGGUCGCUGAGAUUGGCCAUGAUCCGGGUCACAUAUAUUGUACUAUCCUUAGUACUAUCCUUAGUGAAAGAGCCAAGGUUAUCUAUACAGGGGUCAGUGGAAAGGAACAGGAGUCAAAGUUAGCUAAAAUGAAAUGAAGGUUCUAAUGAUCAAAUUUUAAACUGGAACCACCUAAGACAAUGUGUGGCUGUGUAAUACACUGUCUUACACCAUGACCUCUAACUUUCAAGGUUAAAGGUCACUAGAUAAUAUAUUGUACAUGUAAUUUGUAUGACUAUUCACGAGGGUCUUUUUACUGGUUUAAUAUUUUUCACUGCCAGUUUGUAGACCUUAUAUAUGAAGGUCAGAGUUCAGUCAAGGUCACAUAGUGGUUGUGGGUUGUAGGAUAGCUAUUGAUGACAAAGGUUGUUGUUGAAAGAUUAAAACAAACUCGUCUAGUCUUUCAUCUGCUGAUUUAUGUUAUGUGAUAUAUCUAGUUAUGUUAACUAUAAUGAUCGUUAAUUUCUGAUAUACAAACUAUGUGCAAGGUCAAAGUUCAACAGAAUGAUGAGUGUUCUGUUGCUGGGUAACUAUAUAUUAUAAUCUUGGGAAUGUGCAACUGUAUGUGUUGGUAUAGAUUGGUCUCUAUAGAUCUAUAUGGGAGUUUACUGUGUAGAGAGGUCUAUUUUAUUCAGAGUAGUGGUGUGAUGUGUAAAGGUCAAUUUGUGAGUUAACUGUACAUAUUGUUACACACUUUUCUAUUAUUUGUAUUGUUAUUUGUAUAUUUCCUCGAGUAAAUUGAUUUGUAGAAUGUGUUCUAUCGUGAUUGGUAUACAUGUAAUACGAAAUCUCUGGGCCCCUCACACCAUGAUUGGUAUACAUGUAAUACGAAAUCUUCGGGCCCCUCACACCAUGAUUGGUAUACAUGUAAUACGAAAUCUUCAGGCCCCUCACACCAUGAUUGGUAUACUUGUAAUACCAAAUCUUCGGGCCCCUCACACCAUGAUUGGUAUACUUGUAAUACCAAAUCUUUGGGCCCCUCCUAACAUACUAUUUCAUUUACCGUAUUCUUUUGAUGGAUCUGUUAUUUGUAAAAUAUAACAACAUGUAUACCUCCAAGGUGGUUACAUACAAAAUGGCACUUAUUUUUUUUUUAAAUAAAAAGAUAUGAAAUGAUGAUUAUAUAUUCCCAAUCUGUUUGGGGAAUUUGAAUUGAAUCCAAGUUAAUACAUUUUACAAUGGAAUUGGGUAUCAUUUCCCAGUAUCUACCCAGUAGAUUCAUGGUUUACCCAAAUCCUCAAUAGGUAGGUGUAUAGGAGAACCUAGUUAUCUUCUCUGGGGCAUCACAUAGGUGUAUAUUGAGUUAGAUGGGGUGCCCAGUAACCCUCUCAAGGGCCUCACAUUGGUGUAUAUUAAAUCAGAUAGGGUGCCCAGUAACCCUGUGAAGGGCCUCACAUUGGUGUAUAUUAAAUUAGAUAGGGUUCCCAGUAACCCUCUCAAGGGCCUCACACAGUAACCUUCUCUAUGGUGUCACACAUGUAUAUAAUUAAUAAGAGUGGACACCCAUUGACCUUUUCUAAGGUGUCACACAGGUAUAUAUUUAAUAAGAGUUGAUACCCAGUAACCCUCUCUAGGGCCUCACACAGGUAUAUAUUUAAUAAGAGUUGACACCCAGUAACCCUCUCUAGGGCCUCACACAGGUAUAUAUUUAAGAAGAGAGGAUACCCAGUAACCCUCUCUAGGGCCUCACACAAGUAUAUUAAACAAAUGGAUCACUUGAAGAAGGUAUAUACAUGGUUAUAUUGACAGUAGAAAGAAAUACCAUCCAAGGUUGAUAUUAUUUUUCAGGUUGAUAUAACCAUGUAUUAACUGUAAUUAUAAUGCUAUAAUUAUCUUAUCAUUUUUCUUGAUUUCGUUGGAGAUUAGGGAGUAGGAUGUGUAGGGAGAUACAAAAUAUUGAAUCACAAUACAUGUGAUAUUUAUUUUGCGGAAAAAGAUUAAUUAUCUGGACAAUGAUGUGGUACUCUGCGAUUACAAUUCAUAUAAUAAACACUAUGUUUAUUUUGUUAUGAUACUGUAGCUUCUAAUUCCUGAACACAAUUUUCAAACCUCAUGAGUUUGUUUGAGGUGGUAAUAUAAACAUUAAAUAGUUUUGCUGUAAUAUUAGUUGGUUGCUUAGAAUUGGUAGAAUAAUAUACAUUCUCUAAAACAUUUUUCCAUAUCUGUUUAUGACAAACUAGGAAACCUUCCUGUCCAACUUGUGUUGGCUGCCAUUUUUUAUGUUACACUAACUCCGAGUUAGUGAAAUGUUUGUUUCAAGUGCCUAUAAACAUAUCUAUGUAUGAUUUAUUAGCACCCAUAACACUGAGUGACCUGUAAGCAAAAUAACAACAUAUAUUAAUAAUAACAUUGCAACAUACAUUUUUUAUAAAUAUUUUCAUUGAUGCUGUUAAUAGGUGGUCACCUGACCUGCAUCCAGCCAAUGAGAAUCAGACAAAAAUCAAGAAAAAUGAUAAAUGAAGUUAUAGUAAAUACCCAGUAACCCUCUUUAGAGCUAGCUCACACAGGUAUAUCUUGUAUAUUGUAUUGUAAAAAAAAAAACAGAGUCCAUGACCCCUGACCCCAAGACAAGGCAACGUUUUCUCUAAUUAUGAGUAUUUUAUCCCUUUUUUUAUAUGAGAAAAUCACAUGUAUUGUUGAACAUAUGAAACACAAUUUUUUGUUUCCUUUUAUAUCAUAACUUUUGUCAUUGUUUUUGGAAAAUUUUUCAAAAUACAAUCUUCAUUUUCCAAUGUUAUAUUUAAAAGUUUGUUCUAAAUAUUCAUUUUUUAAUUGCAUACAGAAAUGUGUUCUUAUCACAAUCUAUCAGAACAGGUUAAAAAAAACAAAAAGAUUUUUUUGUAAUUAACAGAUUGAACAUGUCCAGCAAUAGUAAUUAUAAAAGGUCAAUAAGUACAGGAAUUCAGCCACUGUCAUCAUUAUGUUAUUUUAUAUAACAUGGCUUAUUGUAUAAAUAGUUAAAUAAAAGAUAAGCCUACUGCUGUUAUAGCGUGCAUUGUGUCAAGUGAAGGUAGAACCUUUGAGCCCUUAUAUUUGAAAGUAGACACAAACUUUACCCUGCUAAGAAAGCAUAUGGCACUGUUUAUAGCCAUCAUGGCAGGAUACGGAAACUUGUCAAAACAGGAUGAGGAUUACUUAAUACUAUUAUAAUUUGUAUAACAGGAAAAAUGUUCUGAAAUAACAUGCAUGUAUAUAUUUAUUAUCAAUGCAUUAAAGAAAUGAAAUGCAUGUUAAUGAUAUUUUUAAGUUAUUUGAUAGCAACUGGAACUCAAAUGUAACAGACAAUAAAUACACCUGUAUUUUAAAAGUUUUAUGUACAUUUUUUGUAUGAACUUAGUGGAAUGAAAAAAUACACAGAAAGAACACACAACCAUACGUAUUUAACUUUUAUCAAUGAUAUUGUUGAAAUUUGAUGUAAAACAGAUCUUAACACAUCUAUAGAAAUUAUUUUGAGAAAAUGACAUAUAGAAACUUGACUAGAGUAGAUGAACAUUGAUGCACAUGGUGUGAGGAAUCACAGAAAAGUGAUGUUCUGUAAUUACAGGGCAGUCAGUGCUUUGGGAAGGCAGUUAUAUCAUAAAUAAACUUGUAACAAGUG